GAAGGAUCGUUAGAAUAAUCAACUCUCUCUCUCUCUCUCUCUCACUCUCUCUUACUCUCACUCUUUCUCUCUUUUGAUGAGGGGAAGGAAGAAACGCGUUGGCACAUCGUAAAGAUGCAACGGUGAAAAACGUAACUGGUCGUCUUCCGGGAUUGAACGAUUAAUCGCGUCUACUGAAAAAAAAAAAGAAACAAAAGAGAGAGAGAUAGAGAGAGAAAGAGAGAGAGAUAGAGAGAGAGAGAGAAACAAGAGCGAAACAUACCGAAUAAGAUACGAGGGUGGGAUGUAAGGGGGUGAGAUAGAAAAAGAGAGAUAUGUUCGUUUUGCGGUGAGAGCACCACGCUUCGAUAUCUCGUCGCAUCGUGCGGUGAGGGGAAGGAUUCGUAGUCUUCCCCCGUUAUCAUUUCUUAGUGUCCUCUUUCUAUUUCUUUUUCCUUUUAGUUUCCCGUAAAUUUUGUUUAUUUGUAUUUUUUUGAAAUGGGUACGGCGGGUCGCGAUUUCGAGCGCGAUCGGGAAGACGGACUGCACUGUCGGAUUUGUGCGUGCGACGUUAAUGGAAACGACGGUGUCAACAUUUUCACCGAGGAUGGUAGACGGCACUACUUGCAGACCAAAAUACGCAAAUAUCUCUACAUCUUGGUAUCCUCUGAAGAUAAACUAUCAAAAAUGGUUUGUUUAACGUGUAUCAAAAGAUUGGAAGGAGUACAUCGUUUUGCAAUGAUGGCAUAUCGUACACAAGAGAGAUUAAGGUUGCAAUUAUACGAAACUUUGGACAAUAUUAAUUCUGUUCAAAAUACGGCGGGACAAGGUUUGAAAAAUACACAAGAAGCUACGAAAAAAGUAGAAGACAGAGGAUUACUGCAUUCUAUUCUUACAAAAGGUGCCAUAGAAAUUUUAGCAGAGGGCGAAGCACUUGGACCAUCCGAAUUAUCUCAUCUAUCAGAAGAAGAAAAAAGUCAUACUCCAAGUAUGGAAGAAAUGGAAGUCAAAGUAGAUCCAAUGUUAUUUUUGCAAUGUGGUAUGGAACAAUCUGCUUCAGAUAUGUCGGAUACAUCAGACAUAGAAGAAAGUCCAAUGAGAAUUUACUCUCCUGAAUUAUCAAGUGUAACAAACAAAGAUACAGAAAUAGAAAAGGAAAUAACAAGGGAAUCUAAUGACAAUAAAUUUAAUGAAGAAACAGAUGAAGAUAAUUUAAAUACAACAAAACGAUACGAAUGUACAAUAUGUACGCGAUCCUUCAUAUCAGAAAUUGGUUUACAAAAUCAUUUAUGGUCACAUCUACCAAGGGAAAAAUGCUUGGAUGGAAAACCUAUUUUAAGAUCUCAACAAGUUUAUUCGACAAACGGUGUGCUGCAUACGAAUGUUGAUAACAAUUCAUCUGCCAAUUUUAUUUGUCCAAUUUGUAGUAAAAAAAUUUCUACCAAAGGAAAUCUGAAAGUGCAUUUAGAAACUCAUAGGCCUAAAGGAAAAUAUGGAUGCGAUAUAUGUGGCCGAAUCUUCAAAACACAAUCGAAUUUAUGUAGGCAUAAAGAAUAUCACGGUGAAAUUAGAUUUCCAUGUAAUGUUUGUGGAAGAGUUUAUCCAACAAAUUCAACUCUUCGAGCUCAUAGUAUAACUCAUUCUGAUUUAAGACCGCAUGCCUGUCCUUUAUGUGAUAAAACAUUCAAAAGAAAUCAGGAUUUGAAAUUUCACAUAAAUCAACAUACUGGUGCAAGGCCUUACCAAUGUCCUUAUUGUCCAAAAGCCUUUGCCAGUUCUGGUAAUUGUUUUUCGCAUCGUAAAAGAAUGCAUCCUCGAGAAGUACAUAGAGAUAGACAAAGGGCAGCAGAUUUGAUGAGAUGAGCUGUGAAUAACCAAGAUGACGAAUGAAGUUUUAGCUGAAAACAGUAUUUGAUAGAAACAAUUGUAUAAACUUUUUUUAGCUGUAUUAUACAGAAAAAAAAGAGCUUUAAUUUUGAGAUUAACGGUGCUAAUCCACAAAGUGAUGAUAGUUUUAUAUGUUUUUAUUCUUUUUUAUUUUGAGAUUAAAUAUAUUGUUGCUGAUAAUGUUGAUAAUAUACUUUAUGACUCACAAAAUAUGUAUUCUUGUUUGAUGUAACAGAAUAUCAUAAGUAUAAACAAUUAUCGUUGAUAAUUACAGAAAUACUUCCAAUAGUUGUGAGAUUAAUUUUGAUUAUUAGCUGCACAAAAAGUAAGUUUGAAAUUUCAUAGCCAGUAGUAAAAGUUAAUGUUCCUUAUACAGUUUUUUAAGUACAUGAGCAGUAUUUAAAAUAGAAAACAUAUUUUCAUUGAAGUAUA